CAACCUGUUUUAUAUCCUCUGGUUGAUGUUUAGCUGAACUUGCCUUGGCUUUAAGACAUGUGCUGCUGACUAUAAGAAGUCUACAAGAACACAGCUCGGCUUUAGAAAUCUUUUCAUUACUUCAUUAUAAGAUGAAUUGUCUUUAAAGUGCACCGGCUGCCUCUGGAGACAGAGAGAAAGCAGAGCUGUAUUGUUUAGCAAUUGGAAUCGUUUGUGGCAAGAACUCUGAACAGUCUGGCAGAAGAAAACCCAGCCUGGGAGCAAAAAAGAACUGUGAAAGUGAACUAAUAAUCAAGAGGACGACAAAAUGAAUGUAACAGAAAUACCUACAACUAAUGGGACUGUUACUCCAUUCAAUCCUAUCUGCCGAAACAGACAAGCUCCAUACUCCUAUGAGAUCCUGGAAAGACUUGACACCACUGGACAGUUGCUGUUUGCCAUUCUAACAUUUAUGACAGCAGUUUCAGUGAUAGUGUUCAUAGAAGAAGCAUAUUAUCUAUACAACCAUAUCCCUGGAAACAAAAAAUCAAUCAUCAUCUGGUUAAAUGCCGGUGCUCCAAUAAUUGCUGUAACAUCAUGUGUGGGAAUGUGGAUUCCUAGGAGUACUAUGUUCACAGACUUCACUGCUUCUGUGAUUCUUGCUAUUGUUAUACACCAGUUUCAACUCAUGCUGGUAAAUGAAUGUGGUGGGAGAAGAGCAUUCCUGAAGAGGUUUGAAACACAAAAACUUCAGCUCCACACAGGCCCACUUUGCUGCUGUUGUGUGUGCUUGCCACGGACAAAUAUUAACAGGGUUACCUUAUUUGUCCUGAAGUUGGGGACCUUUCAGCUUGCACUGCUUCGGCCAGUGCUUAUGUUUUUGCAAGUUGUUCUUUGGACUAAUGGAACUUACACACUUGGUGAUUCACGUGCACAAUCUGCUACGAUUUAUUUCAGUGUGCUUCUCGGAGUGGUUACACUCACUGCACUCUGGGCAGUUGGAAUUUUGUUCAAUCUCGUCAAAUCUGUCUUAGGAGAUAAGAAUAUUAUUGCCAAAUUUGCUGCUUAUGAGUUUAUUGUUAUUUUAAGCCAACUGCAAAUCUCAACCAUCAAUAUUCUUGGAACAGUUGGGGUGAUUUCCUGUGUUCCUCCACUCCCGGGACCAUCCAGAGCAUCAUAUAUGAAUCAGCAGCUCAUGAUCAUGGAAAUGUUCCUUACAACAGUUGUGUGCAGAAUAAUUUACAGAAGGCCAUACAUUAACAAUCCUACUACUGAUGAGGCCGCCAAAGAUAAUCUGCAAAACAGCUCGCUUUGUCUAAAUGGAAAAAUUAUAGAUGAUGGUCCACUAAAGGUUUAAAGCAAGAAAUCAUCAUGGGAUAUUCAUGGAGUAUUCAACAUUAAUUCACUGGAAUUUAGAAGAGAAUAUAAAAAUGGAGCUUCCAAUGGACUAUUAGACAUAAGUUGAUAUAUACUUAUACUACUGUAUAUAAUAUUUGGUUUUACAUAUCUGUGUAUACUUUGUUGUAUCUCUUGAGAGAU